AUGUACACCAGCUUGUCGGGAGGGAGUCCUCCCAAGAAGAGCACCAGCUCGUUGGGAGGAAUCCGUUCCUACAAGCUGGUCUGUGUACCACCUCUCCGGGAGGAACCCCUCCCAACAAGUCUGGUCUGUGUACCAGCUCGCCGGGAGGAAGGCCUCCCGAGUAGCUGGUCUGUGUACCAGGCUGAGGGGGGGGGGGCACUCCUCUUCACUCUCUUGGCACCGGGUAUCCCUUGGGAUACCCGGAUAUCCGCCAGGAUUUGGGAGGAAAAGGACAUCCGCAGCCAAAUCCUAUCGACCAUCUCUAAUACCGAACAUUCCAUUUUCAAUCAACUCGCCGCCACCCAAACUCAAAUAUAA